AGGACAAAAAUAUAUAUUUAGCCUUAUUAGAUUAGCCAUGGGGUAUAAGCAAAUAAUUUUAAGGCUUGACCUGAAUACUGUAACUAAAACAAUCUAUGGAAGAAUCAGCUGAGAUGAAUUUGUGAAUUUUCCUGAGGCCAAGAAAGAUGCUUUUUCUUAGAUCUCUGUCUCCUCCUAGUACUCCCUGGAAAAGACCUUGAUGCUGGGAAAGAUUGAAGGCAAAAGGAGAAGGGGGCAGCAGAGGAUGAGAUGGUUGGAUGGCAUUACUUACUCAAUGGAAAUGAAUUUGAGCAAACUCUGGGAGACACUGAAGGACGGGGAGGACUGGCAUGCUGCAGUCCGUGGGGUCACAAAACGUCGGACAUGACUUAGUGACUGAACUACAACAACUCCUCCCAGGAAUUUAAGUCACUUUAUCUUCUUUGCGGCUAAUUGUUCUACAGCCAAACCCAUCAAAAUUAAGAAAUAACAGUCUUUUGGUUUCAAAAAUGAACGAUAUAGACUAUUCAGCCUACUAAAUGGCACCUGGCAAUUACCGAGUGAACUGUUUUCUGUAAUUAGCUUUUAUUGGCAGUGUGUGCCUUGCCAGUCUCCUUGGCGAUUUUACAGGCCUCAGGCGCGGUUAUCAAUUAGCUCUUUUCCACCACUGCCUCUUUGAGCAUCGGCAUUUGCAUAAACAGGAGCAUCUCAGCCUCUAGGUUGUAGACACAGUGGAAACCACCCCAUGCGUGAUCUAACUAAGUAGCAAAAUGUGGCACAGGUCGCCACGUAAAAUCACGUAAGCCAUUACCACUUCCUGUUUCCCGAGAGUUCUGGGCAGGGGUCUGCUUACAUGGAGGUCUCUGUGACUUUAGAAAUCUCCAUUCUCCUUGAUGCCUGGAUUUGGCCGUGCACUGAGAAUAUCCGUGUGAAAGUAAGCUGUUCCAUGGACUGGGUGAUGGUCUCUGUUAGCCCGUGUGUGUACAGAAAUCGGUAUAUAUUUGCUGAUGAAUUAUAUCUGGGAUCAGGCUGCCCUGUGACUCGGAUACAAACAUAUGUGUAUGAUUUUAUAUACCCUGUCUAUGAAUGUGUGAUCAGGAUAAAGCCAUCAAGACCGCAGAUGGCCUCGCAGGAAGCGGAUCCUACCGAGCUGCCGGCAGCCUGUGCUGGCGAGGCCCCCGGAAGCCUGGGGCAGGCGGCGGCGGCGGACAGCUCCGCCUACCGGCCCGGCGGCAGGUCGCAGAGCCACCCGGAGGUGCUGCAAGCUCUCGGGGUGGUCCAGAUCCUGAACGGAGCAGUAAUUCUGGCUCUGGGUGGCCUCAUGCAUUCCUUACAAAACUUGUCCUAUCCCUCCAAUUACUUGCUUUUCUCGGUUGUUUACACAGGUUAUUCCACAUGGGGGGCUAUAUUUUUUAUUGUUUCAGGAAUUUUAUCCGUCUUAGCCGGGAAAAAACGCACAAAAACACUGCUGGAGAGCAGCUUGGGGAUGCACUCUGCCAGUGCCACCGUGGCACUAGUCGGGAUUGUCUUUCUCUCAAUGAAUUUAUUUGCUAACGAACCACUACUCAAGGACUGUCAGUCUUCCCGGCCACCUGACUUGUGCAUUUACAUGGCAGCCUCUUCAAACGGCCUCGUGUCACUGAUGCUGAUCCUUACCUUGCUGGAGUUGUGCAUAGCCUGCUCUGUUGUAGCCCUGUGGCUCAAAGCAAACUGCUGUCACGUAAGAAAGGCAAUUUCCUCCCUUUCCAAUCCUGGGGAGUCAAGAAUGCCUCCGAAAGAAAGCAAGGAAAUUCAGUCUUGAAUCUCCAGUGAGUCAGUGCUGCAUCCAGGAGCUCAAGAGAACACGAGCCUGUGAGCCACGUCUCCACCAUCGUGGUGCCCAUCAUGAGAAGCUUCAACAUGCGGCUCAAUCCUUUCUGUCCUGACUAUAAACUCCCUCAUAAGUCCUGGCAAUGGAAGGACAAAUGUGCUUCUCUAUGCAUCCUUUCUUUUGUAACUGCUAUGAUCACCAUGCUAAAACUGUUCCCAGAAAUCAGUUCUCUUUCUUCUUACCUGCCUGCUUCAUUGUCUUCUAAGGUUUAAAAAAGGCAGGGAGAAUCCUCCCUAUUUCAUGUAUUCUUUCUAAACUCCUACUUCCAACCCCAGUGAGAAGGAAAAAUGAGUGAGACGUUUCCCAUUAUGGAAAAUGCUUCUUGACUUCAGUUGACACCAACAUUGCAAAAACUGUCCAAAAAAUCAUCAAAAUAACAUUGAGAUAAAUUUUUACUAUAUUUGAGGUAGGAGGUCAAGUCUUGAAGUCUUUUUUGUCAGUGAGGUGCUGAAAUUCACGCAUGUCCGGAUCCAAAAAUGAUGCCUUAGAUGGGGGUCUUUGAGAGCAAAAUCAAUAUUUGUCCUUCAAAGGACAGUGAGAAUCUGUAAUGCAGAGAAGAAAGAAUUAAAGCUUUAGAAUCUUACAGACCUGAGUGCAAAUUCUGAUACUGUCUGUGUGAACUUAAUCUCUCUGAUCUAUUUUUUUCUCAUCUCUAAAAUAGGUAUUACAGUACCAACUGUCUUAUUCAUUGUUAUGCAGAUUAAGUAAAAAUAAAGCAGAUGUGAAAAUAG